GGGAAUACAGAACGGAGCAUGCGCUGAAUGGGCGAUGGCUGUGGUCGGUGGUGUUCCUUUCGGCUCCGCAAACGGUGAAAAUGAAGCGGAUCGCAGAGCGCAGUGAAUCUGGCAGAAUAUUUGAAGUGAAUUCACAGACAGGAAACUCCAACCAAACAUCACAUAAGAAUCUGACAGAGUCAGUGGAAUUAUCAGACAUUGGGUAUUAUUGGUCUUUGAGUCUAUCAGUAAAUGUUACCAAUCCCAUUAUUUGUGGAGAAGAUGAUGCUUCAACUUGCUGAACUGCUGCAGUCUGUCUGGUGAAGGUGCUCCCACAAUGCUGUUGGCUAAGGAGUUAUCAAGUGAUAGUGAAGGACCAGGGAUGUGGGCAUCACUGGCCAGGCCAGCAUUCAUUACUCAUUCCUAUUUGACCAGAGGGCAGUGGAGAGUCAACCACAUUGCUCAUAUGACAUGAAGUCAUAUGUAGGCCAGACCAGGAUCUGAUGAAGAGACUUGCUGAGGUUCAAGUAGACUACAUCAAAUGCAUUGCUGUUGUCUACAUACAGAACCAAGGAUAUUGAUUGGAAAGUGACGAUUUAGUGUCUGGAAACUGAAAUCACAGAUUCUGAUGGAUUAAUGCAAUUUAUUGCAACCUGAACAUCAUCAGAUUUGAAGAUGGAGAUAAAAAGCAUUAACAAUGCUGAGAAACUUAACACGUGUUCUAUGUGUGGACAAAGCUUCAGCCAAUCAUCUGGCCUGUGGAGUCACAAGUGCCGUCGCACCCAGAAGAAACUGUGGAACUGUGGGGAAUGUGGGAAAGGAUUCAAUUACCCAUCCCAGCUGGAAAAGCAUCAGCGCAGUCACAAUGGGGAGAAGCCAUGGAAAUGUACAAACUGUGGGAAGGGAUUCAAUUACCCAUCUGAGCUGGAAAUUCAUUGGCGCACUCACACUGGAGAGAAGCUGUUCACCUGCUCUCAAUGUGGGAAGGCGUUAGCUCACUUACAGAGUCUGCUGGUACACCAACGAGUUCACACUGGGGAGAGACCGUUCAACUGCUCUGGCUGUGGUAAGGGAUUCACUACAUCAUCCAGUCUGCUGAUACACCAGCGCAUUCACACUGGGGAGCGACCUUUUAAAUGUUCAGACUGUGGGAAGAGUUACCAAAGUUCCGGGGAGCUGAUGUCCCAUCAACGUGUUCACACUGAUGAGAGACCAUUCAGGUGCACUCACUGUGGUACUGGAUUCAAGCGAUCAUCUCAACUCACUGUGCACCAGCGAGUUCACACUGGGGAGAGACCGUUCACCUGCUCGGAGUGUGGGAAGGGAUUCACUCAAACAUCUGACCUGCUGAAACACCAGCGAGUUCACACUGACAUGAGACCUUUUAAAUGCUCAGACUGUGAGAAGUGCUUCAAAAGACUGGGGGAUCUGAAGUCCCACCAACGUGUUCACACUGAUGAGAGACCGUUCUGGUGUUCGCGCUGUGAGACUGGGUUCAGGCGAUCAUUUGACCUUGCUGUACACCAGCGAGUUCACACUGGGGAGAGACCGUUCACCUGCUCUGAAUGUGGGAAGGGAUUCACUCAGUCAUCCAACCUCACUGCACACCAGCGAGUUCAUACUGGGGAGAGACCAUUCAUCUGCUUGGAAUGUGGGAAGGGAUUCACUCAGUCCUCCAAUCUCACAGUACACCAGAGGGGUCAUAGCAGGGAGAGACCAUUCACCUGCUAGAAAUUGAUGUAAAAGUAUUGAUUUAGCUCAUCAUAGUUGCUGAGAGACCAGUAAAUUCACAAAGAAUGACACUGAUUGAAUAUUAGUGUUAAUUACAUCCAGGACUGAGCCAUGUUCAUUAGUAUCUAUUUCUGCUGAUGUUAAAAUACAUGAGCCCAGUCAUUGGGGUGACUGUUCCAGAUAAAAUUCAAAUAAAUAAGCUUUGUAUUAAACACACUGCAUUAAGUAUUUUUAAUAUUUCUAACACAAUUUAAUUUAUUUUGAAAGGCUCUUCCUCUCCCCUGUUUCCUCCAUCCUCCCCUCCAACAAGUGUGUGCACUUCAUUGAGCUUCUCUGUCACUGACAAUUAGACAAUCCAAUCAGCUGCUUUGCUGUCUCCAACUCGCCCACUGAACCAGACUGUGUCUAAAGAUCCCCCUUGCCCAAGCACUGAAUCCACAUUUUUCUUCAGUUACUCUGUCAUCUGCUCUCACGACCAGUCUGUGUUCAUCUUGGACAUGAGACACACCUCCUGAUUCAUCAAGCGAAUUUUGACUAAAAUCCUGAUGUAAUUUUCACCUCUUUGAUGGUAUCGUUAUCACUGCUUCUCCCUCUUUGGUGUUGUCUGACUUUUUUUUUCAAAUCUGACAUGAUCAUCUUGUCUACAAACCUCGACUCCACUGUCUGAGCAAAUCACUGUCCAAUCUCCAAACUCCCUUGCUAACUCUCUUGAAUAUUUCAUGUCCCAAAGCCCUGUCCUUUACUAGAGGUUAAUGUUUAUAACGUUGAAAUCCGGUUUCUGCCCUGGCGCAGUAUUGAAAAAAACUCUUGUUAAAGCCACAGAUAAUAUCAUAUGUAACUGUGACUGAAAAGAAAACUAUCACUUCUCAUCAUUCUUGACCAGUCUGCAACCUUUGUCAAUGUUGACCACACCAUUCGUCUCCAAGGCUUCUUGACUGUUGCUCAGCUGCUGUCAUGUAGUCUCAUUAUUCUCUAUCUAAUUGUAGAUAGAAUAUCACUAGCUAUUGUUUCCUUUCCAAUUCCAAUAGGUCCCUCGAAUGUCCCCAAAGGAUCAAGUUUUGCCCACCUGUCAUUUCUCAUUGGCAUGUUCCUACAGCAACAUCAUCUGGAAAUACUGUCAGUUUUCACAUGUAUACUGACAGCUCCAAGAUCCCAGGGUUGCAUGUGCAUAGAUCUUUGAAAGUGGAGUCACAGAUAAACAGUGUGGUGAAAAAGGCAUGCUUGCCGUCAUUGAUGGUAACAUUUGAGCGUAGAAAUUGGGAUGUCGGAGGAACAAGCUGCCAGAGGAAGUGGUGGAGGUGGGUGCAGUUGAAGUAUUUAAAAUCUGGAUGGGUAUACGAAAAGGCAAAGAUAUGGCGCAAAUGCUGGCAAAUGGGACUAGGUAAGAUUGGGAUGUCUGUUCGGCAUUGAUAAGUUGGACCAAGGGGUCUGUUUCUGUGCUGUGUGACUCUAUGAUGGUGUGUCUCGUGGAAGCUGUCCCAUCAGCCACACUCCAUUUUACUGGUCACCCCAUGUAAGGUCAUUCAUUGUCCAGGAAUGUAUGUCACGGAUCAUCAAAAUCAGUACAGAUGGUUUUGUUUUAGCUACUGAAGACCAACUUUAAGAAAAAUAUAUUAGGGGUGGAAGAUGGUAUUUAACCAAACCAACAGCUUUAGAUAUGAUACGCACAAAACAGAUCCUCGGAAAUAGAGUCAAUGUAUUGUUAAUAUUAUUGAUCAAUUGGAGUUAAUUAGUCAUGACUGGAAACAAAAACUUAGGUUUAAAGCAAUGUUUAUAUAGUAACAAUUCAGUUCCUGUUAACUUGGAAAUCAAAAGUGAAGCAGAAAUGAGAUAGAAACAUAAAACACAGAGAUCCCAGCUGUAGUCCAGCAACUCCAGUUCUACCAAAUGAUCCACUCAUGGCAACAAAUCAUUGAGUAUUAUCUUUGUGAGCUAUGCAAUUGCUGUGUUGAACAUGUACUGGCAAAAGACAUUUGAUGAAAUGCUGCAUAACUAUUGUGAGGAAAAUUAGAGCUCAUAGAAUAAAAGUGAUAGGAGCGGCAUGGAGAUAGAAUUGCCUGGGUGACCAGAAACAGGGUAGCUGUUAACAGUUGGGCUUGGACUGAAGGACGGUUUCUAGUGAAGUUCUGCAUGGUUUAGUUUGAUAUAUAUUUUAUUGAUGUAGACCUCAAUGUAGAGAGCACAACUUCAAAAUUUGCAGAGAACACAACUGGAAGAUUUGUGACUUGCGAGGAGGAUAGUGUGGAACUGUGCGAACAAGAGAGUUGUGAAUGUGCUGUGCUGACUUCUGAAUGACGGUGGGGCCAUUAAACUGGACCUGGUUGCGGAAGUGUUUACAGCCAGUGCCGGUGGCUGUUUCUAAAGUCUCCCCAGCCACAUACUCCAUCCACUCCUUUUCUGUUGCCAUGAAGGUGUUUACUGCAAAUCUCCUACUGCUGUAUACCUUUGAUAACUCCCUCAGCAAAUUCCACUCACUUCCUCGGUAUCCUUGGAUCCACCUUAUGCAAUCCCAGUGCCUGAGCAGCUUUCAGGACAGGCAAAAUCUCAUAUCUCCUCCGUAUCGAUUAUAAACCAUCCCAGAUCUUGAAGUAACAAUAAAAUUCAAUCACUGUGGUUACUUGUGAACUUGCUGGUCUCUCAGCAGGUGGGAUAACUGAGGGAAUUCCUUUCCACACUGGGAUCAGUUGUACAGUCUCACCUCACUGUGAACACGCUGAUGUACAGUGAGUUGAGAUGAUCACCCGACCCCAUUCUCAGAGUGAGAGCACCUGAACAGUUUCUUGUCAGUGUGCACACAUUGAUGGCACAUCAGGUCCCAGAAACAUUUACAGCACUUCCCACACUCCGGUCUUUUUUAAAAAGUCUUUCAUCAGUGUGAAUUUGCUGGUGCCUGAGAAGAACCGAAGAAAGUGAAAUCUCAAAGAUUUUUGAGUAGAUUUGUAGCUCGGGUUGUGGGUGUUGUGGUUGGUUGGCUCGCCAAGCUGCUUCGUUGUUCCACAGGCGUUUCAUUACCCUGCUGGGUAACAUCAUCAGUGAAAUCUCUCCCACAUUUGGAGCAAUUAAAUGGUUGUUCCCCAGUGUGAAUUGCCUGGUGUGUCAGCAAACUGAAUGACCAAGUGAAUCCCUUCCCACACUCAGAGCAGGUGAAUGGUCAGUCUCCAGUGUGAAUCUGCUGGUUUCUUAUCAGGUGGGAUGACUGAGUGAAUCCCAUCCCACAUUCAGGACAAGUGCAUGGUUUCUCUUGUGUGUGAACUUCUAGUGGGUCAGAAAGCUGAAUGACUGAGUGAAUCCCUUCCCACACUCAGAGCAGGUGAACAGUCAAUGCCCAAUGUAGCUUUUCUGAAGUAUUAGCUGUUCUUUUGCCUGAUUGAAACCUUUUCACAUUUGGAACAAGCAAACAGCCACUCCUGAAAGUGAACUCACUGGUACCUGUGGAGUUGUGAUGAGGCAGUGAAUCCCUUCCCACACUCAGACUGUGCUGAUGUAUUUCCAGCUGAGAUGGGGUUCUGAAUCCUUUCCUAAAGUCACCAACAUGUCCACAGUUUCUCCCUGUUGUAACCGCACGUGUGUCUCAACAGGUCAGAUGAUUUACUGAAACCUCUCACACACACACAAGUGUACAGUUUCUCCCCUCUCUGAACGGUGCUUGUUCCUUUCAUGUUCAAAAUCCCAUGAUUCUCCGGUUACAAUGAGUUGACCAACUCCCGCAGAUUCUGAUGUGAUGUCUGAUUUCUGACUGUAAAUCCUCCUCCUCUUAUACCAUGUGUAAUUUAUUUAAAAUAGAAAAAGGCAGUGAGAAAGAAUGAACAAAAACACAAAGGCAGAUUGUAAAAUUGAAUGAAUUUUGUAGUUUGUGAGGUCUAUACAAGGAGAGGUGACCAUGAUAGUCUCAAAAUCUCAACUGGUUCACUAAUGUCCAUCAGUGAACCACGCGGCUGGACCUAGCCAGGUUCUGACCAGAGAGUGUGCAGAAGCAAGGAGAGAGAUGGACAGAAAACAAGUGGGAACGUUGAAGGAGAGGUGUUUUAUAUAUCCACCACUUAAUGAGAACUUUCACAGAAUCUACCACACCCUCAAUUUCCACAACCAACAGGACCUGGGUAGCAGAUGCUUGUGAACAUCAUAAUCUUCAAUUCAGGCUGUGAUCAGAUGAGCAGAAAUUUCCUCCAUUUAAUUAUUGGGAAGUCUGAAACUGUUUCCUUCCCUUCCCUUCCUGCUAGAAUAUUCACUCCCUCAUCACGGAGUCCACCCCUCUCUCUGCUAACUGUUGGAGACUGAACCAGACUGCUCACUACUAUGGCAAAUGUUUCACCUCAUGACAAGCUUCCAACCAUAGCUGUAAGAUGAACUGCAGAAAUUCACCAAAACCUCAUAGACAGAACCUUCCAAGCCCAUGGUCACUUCCAUCUAAAAAGACAGUGGCAGCAUAGGAAUACAACUUCCUCAUCAUUCUGACUUGGAAAUAUAUCACAGUUUCUUCAUUGUACCUGGGUCAAAAUCCUGCAAUUCCCUCUUUAAGGGCAUUGUGGAUCAACCUACAGUACAUGAACUGCAGUAACUCAAGAAGGCAGCUCAUCACUACCUUCUCAAGGGCAACUAGGAAUGAUCAAUACAUGCUGGCUAGCCAGCGACCCCACAUCCCACGUAAGAUAGAUAAAGAAAACAAUUUUCACUUUAGUUGACAGUAAAUGCGUUACAGGACCCAGAUUGAAGAUUUUGGGUAAGAUCUACAGGGAUGAUGUGAGGAAGAAAUAAUUUGCAGCUAUAAGUAAAGACUGAAACUCCAUGCUUAUAACGAAAAAUAACAUCUAUAUCUUGAUGAUUCGAGCAGUCCUGUUUGAUGCUUAUUGUGAUGCCUGUUUGCAAUUUCCCGAUACCAGUUAUCUUGAAAUAUCCUGCCAAUGAGGCUGGAUAGAAGUUCAGAAGAUACAACAUUUGCAUUGGUUUAGGUUUGUUGUGUGUAAAUCUUCCCCUUCUGACCGUCAUCAUAGGAUGUUCUGAAAUCAGUCCAGGGGAGAAAUUCAACAUUGUCCCCUGUCCUAGGAUGACCAUGUAUGCUUUCUAGGCCACAUUGCUACUCACCGUGAUUGGCAGUCCCUCGAUUCAAGGGUGACAUAUACUCAGGGUGGUGAGUUUCUGACCUGGGAAUUGUGACUGAGGAUAGCCCCAGAUCUUUGGAGCAGGACAUCUCAUUGUGUGAAUAUCCAAGAUGUUUUUUUCCAUGGUAGAGGAGUGCAAAACUAGAAAGCAUAGUUUAAGGUGAGAGGGGAAAGGUUUGAAAGCGACCUGAGGGCAGUAUUUUUCACACAGAGGGUGGUGCAUGUAUGGAAUGAGCUGUCAGAUGAAGCAGUGGAGGCAGGUAUAAUUACAACAUUUAAGAGGAAUGGAUAGGGCUGAGUUGGAAGAGUUUAGAGGAACAUGGGGCAAAUGCUGGCAAAUGGGACUAGAUCAGUUUAGGAUUCCUGGUUGGCACGGAUGAGUUGGAAUGAAGGGUCUGUUUCCAUGCUGUAUAACUCUAUGGCUAUGACUGUUAGAGGUAGGGGUUCCAGAGAGCAAAAUUUGCUUCCUUUUCUUUACUUCUGUGCUGUCACUCUACCUCAUCAAUAAGACAUUGGGUGUGAGAGACUGAUGUAGUUUGAUGAACAAGUUGUCUCCAUUCUGAACCAUGGGCAGCAAGCUCUGCCCAGUCAUUCUAAACAUUCUCCCCGACAAACAUAGGAACUGCGCAUGUGCCCUGAUACUUACUGACCCCCCCCCCAAUAAAAAUAGCGGCCAUUCCCUGGGCCAGUCUUUGGGACGAAGCCUGAAGCCAUCGUCCCGUUUGUUGUGAACGGGGACCAGGGUUUUAUUAUUUGAGAUUUGCAGGUUUCACAAAAUGUUCACAAAGCCUUUUCAUUUGCCCGAACCAUCGCUCUUUCCUUUCUGUCUCAGUUGCAAUAUUUGUGGAACCAAAAAAACCGAAACCAUCUCUCUUACCACCACUUGCUUCGUACAUACUCUUUUUGUAAUCAGCUCUGUGUUUGUGCACUACGCUCCUGUUAUCUUGAUAUGGGACGUUUUUAACUGCAUGGUCCUUUGGGUAGGGUCACCGCCAUGGAAUAGACUGACAAUUUGUGUUCACAUGCUUUUUUGGAGUGCAAAAUGAAACGGGACCACCAAAUUACAUUGUUCCAGAUCGAUUAUACUGACAUUUACCUGAACCAGAGUCUAAUAUCAUGAUGCAGUAUACAUCUCUUGUAAGAAUCACAGAUUUGUUAGUGUGUAGAAAGAGUCUGGUCAUCCCAUUGUGACUAUGGCAGAUUUCCAAAUGACCAUCUAACCUAAAUUCAUGUUACUGCCUUUUCCCCUUACUGCUACCUCAAUCACAUCCCCAUGCAUUAUUUUACACACCCUAACCAUGAGUUACCUUUGGAUGUAAAAUAAAUACAAUAAGCCAUGGAAAA